UAUUUUUCACUCACUAUUUCUCCGGAUUAUUUGGCUGAAUUUUAAAUUAUAUUAUUUUGGUCACUUUGUUAGCUUCAUAUUUAUAUUUUAAUAUUGUACUAAUAUUAUACGCAUAUCCGCACAUCCACUUUAUUUUUCCUCUUUUUUCUUUAAUCGGAUGGCGACCAAAAUGGACAAUCAGCCAGAGUCCCUUGGCAUAUCUGAAAAGAUAAUCCACGGCAGUGGCAGUAACCCAAGCUAUGACAAUGACUUUGACUACAAGAACACCGACGUGGAAGCUAUCGAGCCGCCUGCUGACAUGGUGCGCGGAAUCGCCGGCAAGCUCAGCGUCUGGACAUUGCUGGUCGUAGUCAUGGAGCUCUGCGAGCGCUUUGCCUACUACGGCGCGUCCCUAAUGUUCAGCAUCUACUUGCAAAAGGUCCUCCACCGCACCAAGUCGCAGGCUGUGGCACUCAACCGCGUGAGCCAGUUCUUUGCCUAUGCCACAACCAUUUUUGGUGCGGUUGUUGCUGACCAGUGGCUGGGAAAGUUCAAGACUAUUCUGCUUUUUGCCAUUGUCUACUUUAUCGGCCUGGUUCUGUUGACCAUCUCGUCGGCCGACUUUUCCAUUGACGGCGGCUUUGGUCUGGCCGGAUUCUGCAUUGCAGUAUUUGCCUUUAUUGGGUUUGGAACUGGUGGCAUCAAGUCCAACGUCUCGGCGUUUAUGGCUGAGCAGAUCCCCACCGGAUACAAGGCCACAAAGACGCCAGGCGUCUACGAGGACAGCAAGCUGACGGUUGAGCGCGGGUUCCGCUACUUUUACUGGGCCAUCAACGUCGGCGCCUUUGUUGGCCAGCUCAUUUGCCCGCAGGUCGCCAAGAACAAGAGCUACGCCCUGGCUUACAUGAUCCCGGCAAUCAUGUUCUUUGUCGGUAUUAUAUUCUUUGUCGCCGGGUCCAAGCGCUACAUCAAGAAGAAGCCCCAGGGUACCGUAAUGCUUAAAGUGUGGCGAUGCAUGAAGUAUGCGCGCAAGAACAAGCGCGAGGGCCAGAAACACUGGCUAGACGGCUCUCUGGGCGCUGUUGACCAGGGCUGGAACGACGAGUUUGUCAUUGGCCUGCAGCGCAGUCUGAGAGCAUGCAAAGUGUUUAUGUUUUAUCCAUUGUACUGGGCGCUGUACAACAGCAUGUCUGACAAUUUUAUUAACCAGGGCUUGACGAUGAAGCGUCCCGACUGGCUUUCCGUUGACCAGCUCAAUGUGAUUAACAGCUUGGUGCUGAUCGUUUCAAUCCCGCUGUUUGACAAGUUCGUCUUCCCACUCCUUCGUCGCUGUGGCCUGCGUAUGGGCCCCAUUGCGCGCAUCACCACUGGCUUUGUCAUUGUCACCCUGGGCUUUGUCUACGUGACCGUUCUGCAAAAGUUCAUCUACACCAAGGGCCCGUACUACGAUUUCACCGGGCCUGAUGUCCCCGAGGGCGCGACCAACGAUAUCAGCGUGUGGCUCCAGAUUGUGCCGUACGCAGCGGUGGCCAUUUCGGAGAUUUUUGCAUCAGUCACCGGUCUCGAAUUCGCUUUCAGCCAGGCGCCGUCCGAGCUCAAGUCUGUACUUACAUCCGUUUACUUGUUCACCAACUGCGGAGGCGCGCUCAUCGGCAUGAUUCUGGCCAUCUGGGGCGGUGAUCCUGAGGUUCUUUACGUGUUUGCCGCAGAAACUAUUCUUCUCGGGAUUUUGGCCGUGAUUUUCUACUUCUGCUUCCGCCACUACGAUGAUAUGGUUGCUGAGCAGGAGCAGUUUAACGGCUAACUGUGAGUUUAAUGUAUUUUGGUGUGCUGUGUUAUGCUGUAUAUGUUUCUUCUUGUUUUUAUAAAUUAUAAAAUAAAGCAAUUAUAAACGUUUUGAAA